CGGAGUGGUGCGUCGCGAUAUUUAUUCCGAUCAAUGUUUUUGUUAUGAUAAAGCUCGUAAUAAACAUUAUUUAGAGAUCUCUUAUCGACAAGGUUAUACCCAUACAGCGGAUUAUUCUUUACUGCAGCUGCGUGGAACAAUUGGGCAAUAAAACCGCACGCGAUUCGCCAAUUGUUGUCGAAAUUCGCGAAAUAGAAUUGGACAGAAAUAAUAGAUUGUUCAGUGCUAAAAAUGUGAAGAAAUGCGCGUGUGUGUAUUUUUGUGCUCAAUUUUGUGAUGUGAACCGAUGUGUCCUUUAGUUGCCCGUACUGUAGUGCGUGUUGUUUUCGUUUUGUGAUCUAUUUGGGAAGUGCAAAAUGGGCACGACGGGAGUCACUUUGGCGGACUUGCCAAAUAUAUUUAUUAUGAUCGGGGCCCUCGUUGCCUUCUUUAUGAUGCUAGUCAUACUCCUGAGGAACAUGGAGUUUAUAGGAAUAGUGGGGGAGGGUCGAGAAGACACAUGGCCGCGGACUAUGCAGCCACCCCGACUUCUCAUGCAACGGGUCCACAUACCGUUCACAUUCAAACUGCAGGAGAAUCAACCUAUCGCAUACAACAGUGUGAGGUCCUGCGUGUCUUCAACAGUCCGUUACUGGCACGCCAGCUGGUGGGGAGCGCCCGUCGGGGACCUACAUCAGACAUUGUGGGGCACGUUGCCAGAAAUCCUUGCAUCAAGGCAUUUAAACUUCACCAGAAGUAAUUCGCACGAUGAGAAAGAGUUAAAACUUUCGUCGGAGCCGCUUCAGCUGGGGCCGCCGCCUCGAACCUGCUACCCACUCGUGGUGAUUCUGGCACGCGACCAGCGGGACACGGCCGAGCUGAGGCCUGACGAUACGGUGGCGUUAAUAAGCGUGGUUCACAUACAAGACGAGCAGUGUCGGCUGCCCAGCGGCAUCAUCGCGCAGUAUCUCAAGCAGGCCAAUGGACACUUGUCCUGUUUGAAGCAACUGUACGUGACGGGCGAAGCGGGCGAGCCGUGCGACACCGGCGAGAUGAGCGAGGCGGGCGGGUACGCGCGGGGCGAAGCCCUAUGCUGCGUGUGCGCAUCUGCGCCGCUGUCACGGGCGCUGCUGCCGUGCCGCCACGCGUGCCUAUGCGCACGAUGCUUACCGAAACUCGACAAGUGCCCAAUCUGCAGAAGUGUGAUCACCAGCUACUUCUGCAUCCGAAACGAAGAAGAGCCCAUGGAGCUGAAACAGCAGUUCCCGCUGAACCGCCGUCUUUUGAACCUGUUCCACUACCACUAGCAGGGAGGCAGACGUUUUAAUGGAAUCUACAAAGGGGUCGUCCAUUAAUCGUGUAAUGUUUUGACCCACCCUUUUUUACAGAGACGAAUACCACUUCAUUGGGGGGAAACGGAGUGGUUAUGUGGGGCUUACAACAAAUACUGCAUAUUCCUUAAUGGACGUAUGGGUAGUACCAGAUCGCGCUAAACCCCUCUGCCCUAAUGAUAAAUGGCGAGACUCCCCGCUCCCAAAUCACAUUUGCUUUGGUACAAAGUAUCUUAAAUUCACACGUGUCACUGGCGGCUUUUCGGUUUAGAAAUCAUGCGUUACACAAAAUGUAGAUAAAAUAAAAACACAUUUUAUCUCACUCUGUGAUUCUCCCCCUUACGGGGAUUCGAGGCAUAUGUAAUAAAAGGGCAAUCCCUAGCCGCGGGCAUUACCUUGCUGAUUUCAAGAGCUGUUUUUCGGUGGGGAAUCGUGCGCUCCCAACCUUCCUUCCACCUGUGAUAUUUUGAGAUUUAUCUGAACCCUUGUGGGUCUUGUGCCCCCUACACGAGUCACACGUGAUAAAUGGGCAGUCCCAAGCUGCUGACAUAGCCUUGCUGAUUUCACGGUCUGCUUUUCAGUUUAUUAAUCGCGCGUGGUAAAUGCACAUUGUAUCUCUCCCCCUUCCAGCCUUGCUGAUUUCAAGCCGAAGUUUUCAGAUUGAGAACUAGAUGUGACGUCACUGACUAACCUCAAACACCGGCGGCUCUGGUGCGUACACUACUUUAAAGACAAAGAUACAGUGUUAUAAAAUCAUAUCCUGUCCUAAAAGUCUAUAAUAGGCGAUUGCUGGGCAGACUGUGCUGUGAAUUCAGUAGAUAGUAGUAGUGCACGGAGAAUGCUGCUGCCCGUAUUGAGUUAUAUUCCCUUAGUCGCCUCGUACGAAAACCGCGGGAAGAGAAGGGGUGGUGACAACUGUAUUCUGAACUGCCGUCGCCACACAUCAAUAUUAAAGUUAUAAAAUAACUAUCAAAAUUUGAUGUUACCACGUGAAAGAAAUUUAAUCUAAUUACCUGAUAAAAUUGUUGAACCACUUUUAGCACAUCGGGUUAAACUUUUCAAUGAUUACUGAUUCAUCUCUCAAAGAGAAUAACUAUAUGAGUUUAUUUCUUGAAUGCACGUUUUUGAAAAACAUUUGUUACAUGAUUUAAAAAUAGGUGCGUUCAAUGAAAAACUCAUUUAAAAUACAUUUUGCAUUAUCUGUGAACGUUUCCUAGUUUGACUCUACACAUUGUAAUUUUCUGUCGACAUUAAACUUUUUUUUCUUUAUUUAUUAAGCAACAUUAUCCGAUCCGAUAAGAUUUUAAAUCAUUAUUCGGUAGGAAGCUAUAUUCCAAUAGCAGCACUGUCACUAGAAGAUCGAAUCUAGCUGGACUGAAAGGUUCUCCCAACAGGUUUGCCCAUAAUCACCACGCUGGGCAGAAGUGUUGGUGAUCGCGGUGGAUGGUAGCAGCAUGGAGGACGCCGCUGCCCGUUCCCCGUUAUAUUCCCUAAGUCGCCUCGUACGACGAGGGUUGGUGACACCUGUAUUCUGAUCUGCCGUCACCACACUGCACUACCCCUUAUCCAAUUAAGUUGUUAUUGCGGAAACAUUUCUUUAUAGUGUUUUAUUUUUCUGUAGCAUAUGAACAAAAAUAAAUAUAGAGACUACCCUUUUGCUAGUCUUCAUUGCUUUUAAUUUUAGGUCGUUUCAUAUUAUUUUUAAUAAAAAAAAA